GCUCCUCCGCGCGCCCUCCGCGUCCUUCCCCGUCGCCCGCGCUCAGGACCCGCCUCGCAGCCUACCUGGUAUUUGUACUGCUAAGAAAACCGGAUGCGACCUCUUCAGAUUGCCCAGAGCAGACUCAUUUUCCCCUUGUGCUGUGGACUGAAGCCUUUGUCCUCCUCCCAAAGCAAGCUUUACUUAACGAUGGCUCGUCCAAGUUCAAGUAUGGCAGACUUUCGGAAGUGUUUUGCAAAGGCAAAGCACAUAGCCAUCAUUUCAGGGGCUGGCAUUAGUGCUGAAAGUGGGGUUCCAACUUUCAGAGGAGCUGGAGGCUAUUGGAGAAAAUGGCAAGCUCAGGACUUGGCAACUCCCCAGGCCUUCGCCCACAACCCCUCGCGGGUGUGGGAGUUCUACCACUACCGGCGCGAGGUGAUGCGGAGCAAGGAGCCCAACCCCGGGCACCUGGCCGUGGCCGAGUGCGAGGCCCGUCUGCGCCCCCAGGGCCGGCGGGUCGUGGUCAUCACCCAGAACAUUGACGAGCUGCACCGCAAGGCUGGCACCCAGAACCUCCUGGAAAUCCACGGAACCUUAUUUAAAACUCGAUGCACCUCUUGUGGAGUUGUGGCUGAGAAUUACAACAGUCCUAUUUGUCCAGCUUUAUCAGGAAAAGGUGCUCCAGAUCCUGAAACCCGAGAUGCUGGCAUCCCAGUUGAGAAACUGCCCAGGUGUGAGGAGGCAGGGUGCGGGGGCUUGCUGCGACCUCAUGUAGUGUGGUUUGGAGAAAACCUGGAUCCUGCCAUUCUGGAGGAGGUGGACAGAGAGCUUGCACUCUGUGACUUGUGUCUAGUGGUGGGGACUUCGUCUGUGGUCUACCCAGCUGCUUUGUUUGCCCCACAAGUGGCUGCUAGGGGAGUUCCAGUGGCUGAGUUUAACACGGAGACCACCCCAGCCACAAACACAUUCAGGUUUCACUUCCAGGGCCCCUGUGGGACUACCCUUCCUGAAGCCCUGGCUCCUCAUGAAAUGGAAACUGUUCCUUAAGUGUCCCGUGGAAGGAAAAACGAUAGUGUAUCUGAGAACUAGGCCACCGCAGAACGUUCUUGUGGAUGCUGAAGCUGAAUACGGAAGACCUAAACAUAUCCUGAUACCUGGUGGGAAUUCAACCUGUUG